UUCUCAUCGUUCUUACUGCGUAUGUUGCUAAUCUACCCGAGUUUCAGCAUUUCCAGAAGUUCCGCCGACCUGGUGAUUGGUAGUCUUGAAAGUUUGCACGAAUAUGCAGCAGCACACAGCGCGGGGCGUGCCAGGAUCGAAAGUCUGCGAUGGCUAUACAGGUUCCGUCCCAGCGUCUUUGCCCAACCUAUAUCGUUACGGUAGUCCCGACCUUUCGGCCGCGCAAACACCCGCCGCCGUGCUUCCAUGCGGCGCGGGCCCAGACUAUGAGUUCCUCCAGCUCCACGAGGCAUGGGGCUUCGACACCCCUGCGAUAGGCAGCUCAGAAGUCCAAAGUAACGUUUGGGCGGAAGCCGGUCGCCAGGCAGCCGGUCGCCAGGAAGCCGGGGUUUCCACGUACCCUGUUGCAUGUGUCAACUCCCUGCCCGCGGAGAUAGCAUACUCCCGAAGAACCGGGCCUGAUUCGAACUGCGGACCUGCGCCCUUCCCAGGCGAACAAGCUCAAAGGGGUCUUGACGACAGAUGGUGGUUUCAUGGUGAAGAAGCAAGUACUCAAGAUUGAUGAAUCUGUGAUUUGUUUUUUUUUCUCUCCUUCAGAGCCCAAAGAAAAGUAUAGAAGGGGAAAAGUGGUGGAACGGGGGGGAAUGAAAUUUGAUGGGCGCUGUCGUUCGGGUGCCGAAAAGGACUGAUUAUCGGCCCGACAUGUUGUUGAGGACGCAAUUUGACACUGAACAACUGUCACGAGGUAUUCUGGGUCACACAGGUUAAUGUAAACCCCCCGGUGUGUGACCACUGGCAAGUUACCGCCUGUGAUUAGUUGGUACACAUUGGCAGAUAGAAACGAGGUUUUUGGAGGUUGUUGGAGUUUGUUGCUCUGGGGCAUACUGAUAAAUGCAUAAGGUA